AUCAGUUUUCAGUAAUGUAUAAAGCGACCUGCUUAGACAGUUGGGUUGGUGGUGAUUAUGCAAAAAAAAUAUAUAUAUAUGUAUGUUCGAUCAGUGCAUCGUCUUCGUAUGUGUACUUAAUUGAAGUGACGUGGAAUGCCACGGUUUAUUGACAGAUUUUGGAUACUUUGCUUUGAGAAACAAAUGACCAGUCUCCCCAGUUUCGAGUUACAGGUCUGGAGACAACAUAACAAAUGGCCCAGCCAAGUGGACAUCCCAAUUUCUUGCCACCUACUCCAGCGCAAGGAGCAACUGGUUUUGGGACUCAGUCAGGCCCUAGUGUUAUCCCCAAUGGACAGCCACCUCAGUGGAAUCAACCAGCAGCCUUCCCACAUGCUGCAAUACCCAGACAACCCCCAGUUGGAUCUAGUGUAGCCACUACUGUUAACUCUAAUGGAACACCAACCCCACCCAGCUAUAGCCAUCCAGGCAGCUUGUCUUCAAAUUCUUCAAGAGAUCCUUCACCCAUUCCUCCUAAUCGCUAUGGCGAGAAUCUUUCCAGUUCAUCUCCAAAUCUCAUCAUGUCUAGUAGUCAUCCUCCAAGACAGAGAAGUCAUCCACAUCAGCAGUCAUCAACACCUCCAGUGAUGAAUAUGUCAGCACACAGAGAUUCCCCAGGAACAGUUUUAAAUACUUACCAGCACAGGAUUGUACAGCAAUCUGCAGGGAAACCUGUGUCUACAGUGUAUAAUUCCCCAGUAAUGCUUCCAUCCAUAGUUGCCCAGAGUUCUGGUCAAUCAAAAUUAGUCGGUGGACUACAGAGUGCUUCAAACCCCCAAUUAUCAACAGGUAGUUCAUUUCCUCCACUUCAGCGAAGUAAUCUUACUAUGGCGACAAGCUCGCAUCAGUCAGCUCAUGAAAUAGGUCCACAUGCUGUGAGUUAUUCACAAGAAGUGGUUACACAAAGUGUUACUUCACAAAACAUUCCUUCACAGUUUAAUCAAAGUAAUCAACAGCAAAGGUUAGGGACUAGUCAUUUGCCUGCAAAUAUUCAUCCACAAAAUUUAGAACCAAGUUCUAAUCGGCAGGAAUUUAACAGAGGAUCAGACCCUCCACAGGACCUGCCAGCAGGGAUAAACUAUGCUUCUCCUUACAUGCAGACAUCAUCCAGUGUUGUCAGUAGACCUCCACUGCAACAGCAGCCAUUGUCACGACAGGGCAUAGGGCUCCCACAUCAAAAUACACAAGGCCAGAGCUCUACAAUGUCUCCAGUGCCAAGGACAAAUGCUCAAAGCUUUAUACCAAACCAGCAGAUGAACAGACCAACAACACAAUCAGGGCCAGUUUAUGGUAUGCUACCAAAAUCAGGUCCACCUGUCAGUUCACAUGUGUCCAGUCAGCCACUGCAGCCAUCAUCUAUGAGUCAACACAUUUACCAGCCUGGAAAUCCCUCACAAAUGGGUAAUCUCCAGACUGAGCCAGGAAUGCCACCGGCAACUGGAGAUGUUCAGAAACCUCCUCCUAGCAUAGGCUAUCCACAAUCUCCAAUUCCUACUCAGUUUCUAGCAUCUCAACCGGCUGCCACUCAACAUGAUUCCGGUCAUCACUUGGGGAAACGUUACCCUCAACAGCAAGUAUAUCAGCAGAGGGGUCAGACUGGUGGAGAUGUUCUUGCAUCACAGAUGUCAGGGUUAUCGGUUUCACAGACGGGCUUCAACAAACUCUGGGGGAUGGAAAGCAUUGAUCUGCUUCAAAAUAGAAAUGUGUUGCCUGCAGAAAAGGUUGAAGCACCAAAAGUUAGAUUACAUCAAGAGUUCUUAGAUAGUGUUAAUUGUAGUCCUGAAAUUUUUAGGUGCACUUUAACAAAAAUUCCAGAAUCUAGUUCUCUUCUGCAGAAAUCAAGAUUGCCAUUAGGAAUUCUUAUUCAUCCCUUUAAGGAUUUAAGUCACUUACCUGUUAUCCAGUGUAGUACCAUUGUGCGGUGUCGGUCGUGCAGGACGUACAUCAACCCCUUUGUCUAUUUUGUUGAUCAAAAGAAAUGGAAGUGCAACUUAUGCUUCAGAGUCAAUGAACUUCCAGAAGAAUUCCAGUAUGAUCCAGUGACCAAAACAUUUGGUGAUCCCACCAGAAGACCAGAAAUUAAAUCUUCAACCAUUGAAUUUAUAGCUCCAUCAGAAUAUAUGCUUCGACCACCACAACCAUCUGUGUACCUGUUCCUGUUGGACGUAUCUCGCCUAGGAGUUGAAUGUGGCUAUCUUCGUCUGUUUUGUGACAUUCUACUGGAAGAGUUGGAUAAAUUGCCUGGGGACAGCAGAACACAGAUAGGAUUCAUUACAUAUAACAGUAGUGUUCACUUUUAUAAUCUUGCUGAGGGACUCAGCCAGCCUCAACAGAUGAUAGUUGUGGACGCUGAAGAUGUGUUCUUGCCAUGUCCUGACAAUUUGCUGGUAAAUUUGGCCGAAAGCCAGGAGCUAGUGAAGUAUCUCCUGAAUCAGUUACCAGGAAAAUUUCUCAACUCAUAUGAUACAAAUUCAUCUCUGGGAGCAGCACUACAGGCAGCAUAUAAACUUAUGGCACCAACAGGUGGACGAGUGACAGUGUUCCAGUCUUGUUUGCCCAACCAUGGCCCUGGGUUGCUUACUGUUCGUGAAGACCCAAGCCAGCGUGCUGGUAAAGAGGCACCACAUCUUAACCCGGCCACUGAUUUCUACAAACGGCUAGCACUCAGUUGCUCAGAACAACAAGUUGCUGUUGAUCUUUUCCUUAUCAACAGUCAGUACAGUGACCUGGCCACAAUUUCUGGUAUGUCGCGGUUCUCUGGAGGUUGCAUCUACCACUUCCCACUGUUCAAGGCUUCUGACACAAUACUGUCCGACAGUUUUGAGCGGUCUUUUAGGAGGUAUCUCACCAGGAAAAUUGGCUUUGAAUCUGUUAUGAGGAUAAGAUGCAGCAGGGGAUUAGCCAUACAUACCUUCCAUGGCAAUUUUUUUGUGAGAUCAACGGACUUGCUGUCAUUACCAAAUGUGAAUCCUGAUGCAGGGUUUGGUAUGCAAGUGUCCAUUGAAGAAAGCCUAUCUGACUUGCAGAAUGUCUGCUUCCAGGCAGCAGUGUUAUAUACUUCAAGCAAAGGUGAACGUCGAAUUAGGGUGCAUUCUCUCUGUUUACCAGUUGCUGCCAACUUAAGUGAUAUUUUGUAUUCUGCUGAUCAGCAGUGUAUAGUUGGACUACUUGCAAAAAUGGCUGUUGACAGAUCACAUGAGUCCUCACUCUCAGAUGCCCGGGAUGCAUUUAUUAAUGUGGCCAUUGAUGUUCUGUCUGCAUAUAAAUUGAUACAGUCCAGUGGAGGCCAUAAUAGUUUGCUCACUCCUUACAAUCUUCGGUUGCUUCCUCUCUAUAUAUUAGCUCUCCUUAAAUAUGUGGCUUUCAGAACAGGCCAGAGUACACGAUUGGAUGAUCGUCUGUUUGCCAUGUGCCAGAUGAAGACCCUACCUUUGACAAGCUUCAUUCAGGCCAUCUAUCCAGAUAUGUAUCCUGUGCAUUAUUUGGAUGACAAGAGUUGUGCUGAGGUAGAUAUAGAGGGCACCCUUGUUCCUCAGCCUCCACGUCUCCAUUUAUCAGCAGAGAAACUGAACUCCAAUGGAGCCUUCCUUAUGGAUGCUGGUGACCACAUGAUGAUGUAUGUUGGUCAUAAUAUCAGCACUCAGUUCUGUACUGCUGUUCUGGGUGUCCCAUCCUUUUCUCACAUACCAGAAGAAAUGUAUGAACUGCCUGAGAUAGAAAGCCCAGAGUCAGAAAGGUUGCGAAACUUUGUGAAUCACUUGCAGAAUGAGAAGCCAUAUCCAACAAUGCUCCAAGUGAUCAGGGAUGACAGCCUUUACCGAGGGAAGUUCAUUGAGCGACUGAUUGAGGAUCGUUCUGAAUCGGCACUAUCUUAUUAUGAAUUCUUGCAGCAUCUCAAGGCAAAUGUGAAGUGAUCACACAGUAGAAAAUAUGUGACUUUUGAAAAUAAAUAUAUUAUAUAUAUAUAUAUAUGUACACACAUUGUAGGGGCAUAAAUAGUUGCUGCCAUUUGAAAUCUGAAGUAGCAACACACUUCUUAUUGAAAAACGAAAGUUCAUUAGAAUAAGGAAAGAGUAAAACAAUUCUUGAUCUGUUCCAGACAUUCUUUUUCACAAUCUUGUAUCACAUAUGAUCCUGCAGAAUGUUCAUUUUAAUUUGAAUGGCUGUGUUCAGAAUUAUAAAAACGUUUGCAGUUGUUGGGGUGAUCAUUCUGUUAUAUACUUGGGUGUAAUAAUAUACAUAUUUAUUUAUUGCCAUGGCCACAUGAUGAAUACAUAAAUUUGAAGCAGUUGUUAUACUUUGCCUACUGCUUGUGCUGUACGGUAAAGAAAGUGAACUGCUUGUGUAUGUGUGUUCACCCAUGUGUCCAUAUGCAUGUGAGAUACUGAAAACAAGUAAUGUGGGGUCAGAUGAUAUUGUUACAAGGUUUUACUCAUUUGUUAUUGGCUUAUAAUUUUGUAAUAUACUGUAAUCAUCACACGGUGAACAAGUGUAACUCGAGACGAAUGAUUAAAUCUAUGUUUUGGCUUUGCAUUGAUUGAACAGAGUUUUACUGACAGAAUUUUACAUGCCUUCAUUAGAAUUAAAACUGGUAUUAUUUUAAUGACCUGUAGAAAGUUGUUAUAUAAAACUUGAGUGAUAAGUGUAUUAUUAGGUAAAGCAAGAAAUGGAGAAAUAAAAACUUGAGAUUGUGUAUAGUG